UGACCCUCACAGAGAGAGAGAGAGAGAGAGAGAGAGAGAGAGAGAGGAUGGUGGGAGGGAGUGGAAGGCAGAAGGUGGCGUCGAUGUUGCCGUAUCUUGUGAAGACGCUUCGGAAAGAAACCCUAAAACCCUCCAAUCAAACCCUCCCUUCGCUCAGGCGCACGUUUUCUCUGUAUGAUCAGAUAAAUCUCAUCGACAACGUGCCUGAAGGUCAACUUCGCUUCCAACGGUAUUCUGACACAGGAUUUACAGUUAAUGGUGUAGAGUAUGAUGGGAGCUUGCUUAUUGUAGAGAACAAGGUUAUGUCGUGGGCCCCAAAAAAAUUUUCAGAGAUUACUGGUGAAAGUUUAUCCAUAUUCCAAAUUCUGCGGCCAGUUCCAGAGAUUCUGAUUCUUGGCUGUGGAAGGCACAUUGAGCCAGUGAACCCUGAGCUCCGUCGCUUCAUACGGUCUACAGGAAUGAAAUUGGAAGCAAUUGAUUCGAGAAAUGCUGCUUCUACUUACAAUAUAUUAAACGAGGAAGGAAGGCCGGUGGCGGCUGCACUUCUCCCCUAUGGAACUACUUCAGAAUCUUCAUCUACCAUGUGACAUGAAUGUAUGACAAACUGCACCUGUUACUUAUGAUACUAAAGGAGGUUCUGAAACAAUUCUCAUGCGCCACCGCCCUUAAAAUAUUCUACCAUCUUUCUAUAUAAAAAUAGAUAGGCUGGUGCAAGAGGCCUGCAACUUCUUCCAAACUAUAUUCCAUCUGUAUCAGAUCUUUGCUUUUGCUAUUUCAAUCUGUAGCCUAUGUAUUUUUAGAACAUGUCUUUCUACAAACCCGUUUGCUACAAGAUCUUAUCUUCUUCUACAAACUUUAAACCGACACAUAAUUUCAUAUCGUAUCUCUUAGGAGUUCUUUAA